GGCAGCUUGUGUAUGUGGUGGAAUCCACGAUUACUUUCACGGUUUAUUUCGAACGACCAGUUACACCGAGACAAAACCGGAUAACCGAAGCGGGCGUCGAAUGGAAUCCUGGCCGUUUCGUCGUCGAACGAUACCGCGGUAAAAAGAUAACUGAGGUGGUUCGGACCAAACAUUACAUAACAAUGAAAUAAACAAGAAAGAAGAAGUCCCAAACAUAUAAAAAGGAAUGGAAGUCACCGAAUGGAAUUCAUCGAGCAUAAUGACGAGAGUAACCAGAAUGAGUGCCAGGGAAAAAUAGUGAAAAUGCUUGACAUUUAAAUUGAGUUGAAGAGAAACAAAGCUUAAAAGAAAAAAAUACCGGGGAAUCUUUUAUUCAGAGGAGAAAUAUUCGACAAAGAGUAAAAGAAGGAGAACUGUGUUGAAAUCAAAGGAAAAUAUAGCAGAACGUCUGAAAGUUAAUUUAAAACAAUUUUAUGAACGCAACAACGACGGAUAAAGAUGCUUUUAAGGCAAUGAAAGAAUCAGUAUGCGAUAUCCGUAUUAAAAGAAUACUUGAAACUAACUUGAGAUAAACUUAGAACCAAUAAUUAUGGAAUCGAGUGAAAAAGUGAUCGUUUAAAAUGCGAAAAUCGUAAAAUUUUUAUAAAAUGUGUAUAAAGUUUGAUUAAUUUACAACAGCGGGGCAUCAGAGAUUAAAUGUUAGUAACCGUGAUAAACAGUUUCAUGUAAAGUAAACGCGAUCUCCAUAUCAAAUAUAACUAACGAGACAAAUUAUCAAAGAAAACUCAAAAGACAUGAAAUUACCGAAGAUUAGUUUUGUUGCUUUAAAAUAUGCAUAGUUUUUACGUCAAGUAUGUAAUCAAAGAAAUACUGAUAGAAAUGUUGUGAGAACCUUUUUCCCGUGAUUCAUGCAUAACAAAUGAAGAUCUGUAGCGUGGUGGUGCAUUAGUUACGCAAACGGAUUAAAUCAGACCGCAAAGGAAAGUAAUAUCGUACAAUUUUCACCGGAUACGAGUUUUCAAAUUGAUAUUGAGAAAAUUAAACGAAAUGGCGAGCCGAAUGAAGUCGCUGUAUAACCAGGUUAUCUUUGAGAGGCGAAUUCUUUUGGGUUGCACGGUUCUCGUGGGACUGUCGGUUUGCAUAUGGUCGGUGGCUAUUGGAACCGAUCAUUGGUUCACCCUUCAAGCACCGGGCGAAGGGGGUUUACCUCUCGGGGAUGCUGGCAGACCCGGUAGAAGAUUGAUUUACAAACACAUGGGUCUCUGGAGAGGCUGCACUCAUGGCAUAGAACCGGGACCAGGAAAUUCCACCAGCCCUUACGUCGAGUGCAAGAAUCAGAAUAUGUUCCCGAACGAAACGCAGAUCAAACUGGAUCCAGGAUUGAACAGAACCGUCAUCAAUUAUUCGAGGACACAGGUAUCGUUCGCAGUAAUCAGCUUGUUUGUGAUGGUAAUGAGCUUUUGUUUCUCGAUUUACACGUUCCGGAAUCCACGGUAUAUGUUCAAACGGCUGGCCGGUGGAAUACAUUUCAUUAGUGGUGCUUGCAACAUGGUGGUGAUACAGGUGCUGUUGUCUUCGAUCGAGUUCGAGAGUAAAUACGUGCACGCGACGUUUCCAAAGGGCGUGAUCAUGAGGUACGAUUACUCCCUGAUUUUGGCCUGGAUCGUGUUCCUCUGCAACCUUCUGUCGGGCUGCGCCUUCAUGCUGUUCUCCAGGAAGAGGAAGAGGGACAAGGCGCCGACGGAAGAGAUCGCAAUGGCCGAUGAACCGACCAUCAUCGGUCGUUGAUUCGCUCUCCCGUUUAUUUGUAAUUUGUGACCAUAGAAACUCGUGUCGGAAGAAACUUGUGAUCCAGGGAAUAUCGAUGAAACGAAAAGACGUACGCGUAAGCGUCGCACGUGAUGUAUGUAACAGGACAAUUGUUCGAAGACUCGCUUGAAAGCUUGAUGCAUUUUGUGGUCAUUUGAUAGGAAAUUGGGUGACAGUGCACUGGCCGGUGUCUUAAUUGCGUAAGCUCUGAUCGUUCAUUGAAAUAUCUUCGAAUAAACAUUUCAGCUUUCGCGUAUCUUAACUAUAUCGAACUUUGUUUCGUUUCAUUUUUUAUAGAUCAAAAGGAUGCUCCGAUUUUUAAUCGUAAAUAUGAGAAUGCAAUUGAAAUUUAAGAGUUAGUUGUUUUCAUCGAGUUCAAACUGAUUGCCAACAACGGUUGAAAGUUAAAACACGAGUGCACUGCCAUUCUUCGAAUCUCUACCUCCUCCAAACGAUUAAAUUAGUCAGCACAAUUGCGAACGUACUGCAUUUCAGCGAAACAAUUGACAAAUAAGGACCCGUCUCACUGUUUUGAUACAAAUUACUGAUAAUCAAAAGAAAUGUUUACUAUUUUUCUACCACAUCAGAUUAUCGAAAUUUAGGAUAUUUAUUAAUCGGGACCACUGAGCAUAAAUCAAAGGAUCUCGUUUACUUCAUUUUGUCAAAAUAGUACUAAUUGAUUUUACGGCGAAUGGGAUUAAAAAUAAAACGGUGCUUUCUACAUUUGAAGCGAUUCGAUUCUUGUGUUCAGGGAAAUUCAAUGUUUUUAUUCACGCACGUAGAAUGUUCCGAUAGCAAUAAUCUUUGCGUAUUUACGGUUGACUGAGAAAAUACCUGAACGUUAUCUCUGGCAAGAAGUGUUAAUUUAAAUAAAACUAUUUUUAUUUUCUUAAACUUCUUAUCAGAAUCUGUUGGGACGUUGAAAUUCUAUCUCUUUUCAAAGUCGUGAAGUUAAAUAAAUUACUCUGUAUAUCUUCAAUUUUCGAGCAUGAAAGUUUAAUGAAGAGUCAGGGGGCGUGCACGAUAUUCACAUUUUAAACUAAAAAAAGUCUCUACCGUUCGCGCAGGCGUUACGAAAUGUAAUCAAAGAAUUUUUCAUGUUGAUAUGAAAGUAACACUAUUAGUCUCUAUUUAAUAUGAAAAUUUUUAUUUUUUACCAUAUA